AUGCCAAAAGCCGAAGUAGGCUCGACCAAGCACUUGGCCAAUAAGAUGAAGGCCAAGGGCUUGCAGCGACUACGAUGGUAUUGCCAAAUAUGCGAGAAGCAGUGUCGGGAUGAAAACGGCUUCAAGCAGCAUACCAUGUCAGAAGGUCACGUACGAUCCAUGCUAAUGGUCGGCGAGGAUCCCAAGAAAUUCAUCAACGACUACAGCAACCAGUUCAAGAGCGACUUCCUACGGCUAUUGAAGACAAGCCAUGGAGAGAAGAAGGUCAGCCUCAACGGCUUCUAUCAGGAAUAUAUCCGAGACAAGGAGCAUGUGCAUAUGAACUCCACAAAGUGGCCGAGCUUGACGGAGUUUGCGAAGUACCUUGGUCGGGAGGGCAUAUGUAGGGUGCAUGAGGGGGAGAGAGGGUUGGAGGUGCAGUGGAUUGAUGAUAGUGCUGAAGCUAUAAAUCGGCGAGAGGAUAUAAAGAAAAAAGAGAGACUGGCAAAGGGUGACGAAGACCUAGAGUCGAGACUGCUGGAGCAACAGAUUCGGAGAGCCAAGGAGGCCGCAGCGAAGUCGGCUACAGUCGACGAACAGAAGACGCUGCCACCUGUUGCGGAUGCCCCGGUCGAGCCUAUGAAGCUCUCACUGAAACUGGGUGCAAAAUUCGUGCCAAGGCAGGAAUCACUGGCAAAGGAACCAGCGGUCGAUGCGCCAGUGGCAAUAGAGAGCUUCUCAGCAGCAGAACAAGCAGCCACCCCGGAGUCGUCAGCUGCGAAGCCAUCUGCAGGCGUUGAGAAUGAAGAAGAGGUUGUGGAAGAUUCGGCAAAGACUGCUGCACCACCGAAGGUGUCGUUAUCUCUUGGAGGCAAGGCGAAGCCUGGAAAUCCGCUGAUGAAGAAGAACCCAUUUUCAAAAAGCAAGCCAGCCGCUGUCGCCGCACCGGAGAAGAAAAUGAGCAACGCUGAGCGGAUCAUGAAGGAGGAACUGGAGCGCAAACGACUUGCCGAGCAACGUGGUACUGGCCAUGGCGCGAAGAGGCAGCGGCUAGGAUGA